AUGGACCCAGAGGAUAUCGAUAAAGCGGUGCUCGCCUAUUUGGAUAAGAGGGGUUUUAAGCAAGCUGAGCUCGCAUUACAGCAGGAGAAACAGCAGCACGGCAAAGGCAACGCCUCGAUCGCCCAAAUUGACCCUGAUAUUGCCAAACAAAUCCUUGCCUUCGCUGAAUUGGAUAGUCCAGCGCAGUACCAUGAAGGCUAUGACAAACUUCGAUCAUGGGCUUAUAGUUCACUCGAUCAGUACCAGCACGAGUUGGUCAGAGUUUUGUAUCCGGUAUUUCUCCAUGGAUUUAUGGAUCUUGUAGCAAAGGGUCAUAUUCAGGAAGCUCGAGAUUUUUUUAAUAGCUUUCGAGGAGACCACGAGCUGACGCAUUCACGUGACCUCCAAAAAUUAGAAGGGGUUCUUUCUCCCUCUCAUCUGGAGGAGAUGGAAUUUGCACAUACUCUCAGGAAGAGCAAAGUUAGCAUUAAGAUAUGCCAAUACUCCUAUGACCUGCUUCUGCAAUACUUGCACAAGUCUCAGUCAACUACGAUGCUUGGAAUCAUCAACGAGCACAUCAACUUUCAAGUUUGUCCUGGACAACCAAGCUCAAUUGCUGAUGAUGCAGAAUUUGUUACCCUUUUUGGAAGUGACCAGGAUGCAGCUAAUUUGAUAAACCAGAAAGAGAUACAUUGGGGGUUGCUUGAAGAUUCAUUGGAAGAAAAGUUGGAGAAGACAAGUGUCUCUAAUGUGGAUUCAGAAAAGGCUGAUGGAGAAAUGAGAGAAGGGGAACUGGAAGAGAAUAAGGCUAAAAGACCCGUUGAUGGUGGCAAACAAGGAACUACACUUAAGAAGCAAAAGAAGGAUAAGGUUGCAGGUUCUGUAACAAAAGCGAAUCGUUCGGACAAUGCCACAGUUUCUGGAGCACCACGUGUCAAACCAGAGCUGGCCUUGCCAGUAAUAACGGAAGAUGUGGAACAUUCUAUUCUUGAAGACUUGAGAAACCGUGUUCAGUUGAGUAGCAUGACAUUGCCUUCGGUCAGUUUCUACACCUUCAUCAACACACAUAACAGCCUGAAUUGUGUUUCAAUAUCUCAUGAUGGAUCAAUGGUAGCCGGUGGAUUUUCAGACUCCUCAUUAAAGGUUUGGGACAUGGCAAAGCUUGGGCAACAAAACGGAAACUCCCCGUUACAGGGUGAGAACGAGGUGGUGCCAAAUGAGCAUAUGCCUGGAUCAAAUGCUGGGAGAAGACCUUACACUUUAUUUCGAGGUCACUCUGGACCUGUUCAUUCUGCUACUUUUAGUCCGUUCGGGGAUUACAUUCUAUCAUCAUCGUCAGAUUCUACAGUAAGAUUGUGGAGCACGAAAUUUAAUGCAAAUCUGGUUUGCUACAAGGGUCAUAAUUACCCUGUGUGGGAUGUCCAGUUUAGUCCAGUAGGACACUAUUUUGCCAGUGCUUCACAUGAUCGGACAGCAAGGAUCUGGGCUAUGGAUAGAAUACAACCAUUAAGAAUAAUGGCAGGUCAUUUAUCUGAUGUUGAUUGUGUGCAGUGGCAUGCCAACUGCAACUACAUUGCGACUGGGUCCAGUGACAAAACCGUGCGGCUUUGGGAUGUUCAGAGUGGGGAAUGUGUUAGGAUUUUCAUCGGCCAUAGGAGUUCGGUUUUAUGCCUGGCGAUGUCACCUGACGGCCGUUACAUGGCGUCUGGUGAUGAAGACGGCAAGAUUAUGAUGUGGGACCUCUCUUCUGGACGAUGUGUAUCCCCUCUGGUUGGCCACAGCUCUUGCAUAUGGUCACUCGCUUUCAGCUGUGAAGGUUCGCUUCUAGCAUCGGGCUCUGCCGACUGCACAGUCAAGAUAUGGGACGUGGCCACAAGCUCAAAGGUCAAUAAAACAGAAGAAAAUAAGAAUGGAAGCACGGGCAGGCUCAGAUCAUUGAAGACACUACCCACUAAAUCCACCCCAGUAUACGCACUGCAGUUUUCAAGAAGGAAUCUUUUAUUUGCUGCUGGAGCUCUCUCAAAGCAGUCGUCAUAA